AUGUCGGCUUCACGAGAACGACGUCCGAAUCGGCUCCAUUCAGUUGAAGAAGCCCUGAGUUAUCUCAAAAAGAACUGCAGGAUAAAAAGCACAGAUAUGAAGGUUGAUUUCAGUUUUUUAAAUAUGUAACAGAGAAAAAUUCCGUUAGAAAGUGAAAAAAAAUCUUCAUCAUUUUUCCAAAUAGUAAUUUCUAGGUCCAACGCUGCCACACGAUAGCUUGGAACUCUGACGGAACGAAAUUGGUUUGCGGGGCCCAAGAUCGACGAGUUUCCAUCGCCACAGUGGAACACAGCCGUUUGAGGUGGUCUUCCGUUGGAUCGAGUCAUUCGGAUUCCGUCGAACAGGUAGCCAACUUGCGAUUUCUAUUGUUUACAUUGAGUUGUGGGAUAGGAGAUACGAGCCGCCACAUGUUUCUUUCCGAAAAAUGUUAUCUCUUCUCUUAGAAAAUUAAUUUUAUUAUCAAAAACCAUAUUUAUUAAUAUUCAGAGGUCCUAAAAAAAAGCUCUUUUUGCCAUAAAACUUUUUCAAAACAGGUUUUUUUUUUGUGAAGCUGCUUUUUUUUCUCUGCUGGUAUUGUAAUAUACAUAAUCAACUCCAGAUUAGUCCCUAUAGGGAAACCUUAGGAGCCCUUUAAGACUCCCCUCUAGGGACCACUUUUUCUUCACAUAUAUGGGCCACUUUUUCUUCACAUAUAUGGGCCACUAUAUCUUUUAAAAGUGGCUCCUAUAAAGGACAUUUGUUCGAAAUUUGAGAAGAAGCGUUUCCAUGCGAAAAAAAAGUCGAUAAGUUAGCGUUAUCUGAACGAAAAACAACAACAGAAGAUGAUUUGAUCUAUUUUUUCUUUUUAAUAUUCAAAUAUUAUCAAAAAAAUUAAAGAAUUCAUAGGGACCAAUUGACCCCUAUAGAGACCACUCCCAUGUUCCUAAGACUGUAAUGAUUCUGCGGGCGUUUGCCCCAACUUUGGUUACAACAUCCCUGGGCGUAGCUUCCACUAUAUUUCAUCCAGAAGAAGCUCCUCUGUCUUCGCUAAUUAGAUCUACGACAGUUAAUCCGGAUACUGAAACCUUUUUUGAAAUUGACACCCCAAAGUUUGCAGUUUCAACGUUGAAAAUGCGACUUAUUCCAGGUCGCCUGCAGUAAAUCCAACGUGAAUUUGUUCGCCUCAGCCAGUCUCGACAAAAGUGUCUGUUUGUGGGAUGUGAGGCAUAGUAAACCCCAGGCCAGGAUCAAUACUAAAGGUUUGUUUGAGGAAAAAAAAAAUCUGGAAGACUUAUUUCAUUAAAAAAAUCCUGUUUGAGGUGUUCAUCUCUUUUUAACUUGAUUUUUUCAAUAACUCGAUGAAUCAGCUAUUGCUAUAUUAAAAAAAUGAAAAAAAUAUUCAAACAAACGAGAAACGGUUAAAAAAAUUUUUUUGAUUUAUUGAGAAUCUAUUGAGAAAUUAAAAAAAGGACUUUAUGUAUCAUGCGGCCGUUUCGGGCCAAAAAAAUAGACGGCUUGACGCAGGAAUAAAAUAAUUUUUAUUCAGCAGCAAAUAUGUUCGUAGCUUGGUCUCCCGAUGAUAAAUACGUUAUUUAUGGCGACAAAGACGACCGACUUUUCUCUGUAGAUAGACGGACUUACACUGUUUGCAAGGUUCUUUUUAACGUUAACUUUUGGAAUUACAAAAUCAAAAAUAUUAUAACUCCUUAUUCCAGUCCUACGAUCUUCGAGUACAUUGCAACGAAUUCGUUUUCCUUCCAAAUUCCCCAUUUUUGCUGGUCACGACGGCUUUGGGACGGGUUGAAGUUCUCAAGUCAGUUUUCCUGUUCAAAUUUAAUAAAAAAAAAAUUAUUAAAGCAAGUUUUAGUAGUAGUACCUUCCUGAGGUUGAAAGUUGAUCUAUGUCUUUCAAAACUACCUCUCUCAGGUAGGAAAUUUUUUAUGGAUUUUUCGUAGAGUAUUUGUGAGAAGAACUGUAUUUGAUUGAACAUUUGAUAACUCGGACCUUGGUAACGCGAACGUGACGCGAAUCGGACGUGUCGGGGCAAUUCUAGUGACCACUUUAGUAGCGCCAGCACCCUUAAGUGAUCCCUAGAAUUGUCCGGAGCACGUCCGUUUCGCGUUAUCAAUAUCCGAAAAAACAUAACAGGAAAUUUCAAGAAGCUCAUCAAAAAAGUUAGAAGGUUCUACUUCAGAUGUGUAAACGGAGAGUUCGAGCAGACGACGCAGAUCCAGGCCCAUUCGCCCCAAGUCGACUGCCAGACGGUGGCCGUCAGUCGCGACGGGAAAAGGAUGGCCGUCGGGGCGACGGACGCCGCCUGCUCCAUCUGGGACGUCGAGGAGUUGAUCUGCGAACGGGUUGUCGGCAGGUCACUGCGUUUUUUUAUAGUUUCCUGAAUUUGACACGAUUCGACUUUUUUGAGCUGAUAGGGCUUUUCGAGGUCUUUUAUUCAUUUCGCAUGGAAGGAGACAUGCUGGGAAAUACAAAACAGUUGAUUUUGUUUGAAUCGGAGCAUACCGCCUAGAUUCUUGAUUUUUUUUUUCCCAGAGUUUCUUAUUUUAAUCGUUUGGCGGAUAAUCGAGUUCUUUCGAAGCUGAUGAAGAUUUUAGUGGUCUCCAGAAUAAAACGGAAAUACAAGCUAUAAUUUCUCUGUUUCAGACUAGACUAUCCCAUCCGAAGCGUUUCGUUCUCCUGUGACGGCCAGUUGUUGGCCGCAGGAAGUGAAGAUCAUUCCAUCGACAUUUCCUACGUCAACGACGGCUCCAGGUGGGAUCGUCCGGAUCCUCUCUGAAGACGUCCAUUCCAGAGUCCACGACCUGAAAAUCGACGGCGAGACGUUCUCCGUCGCCUGGCAUCCGACGCAGCUUCUCCUCGCCUACGCCGCCUCCAACGUGCACGACAAACGCGACUCCGCCUCCGUCAAAGUGUUCGGAUACAGCGGAAAUUGA